GUGGAUGAGCUGUAUGAGGCGUUCUGUAUCCAGCACAGGCUGAGGGAGGGAGCCAGUAAGAUGAAGCAGGCCUUCUCUGCCUCUCCCUCCACCAAGGCCACCAGAGAGAGCAUGUCAGAGGUCAACCGCAGAUACAAGGAGUACACAGAGGUAUAGAUACAUGCACGCAUGCGUGCACAUACACAAAUAUACUGUGUAAUCAUCAGUCCAUUCACCGUCACCAUACGAUCACCCACUGAGAUCUAACACAGUUCUGGUGCCUGAUGUCAGAGUUUGAUGAAUGAGUUUGGUUUGUCUCCAGUUGUUUUUAGUUUUUGUGCUGAUCCUUCUCCUUUCCUCCUCAGGAUAUGAGCACGUUAGAGGGGGAGCUGGAGAACAUGUUGGGGGAGUUCCAUAUCAAAAUGAAAGGUAAGACGGAGGCCAGUGGAACAGCCGUUAGAGUAGAGGUAUCGCAUAGGGAAGACUGGAGACAAACGAGCAAUGAUUGAUUUUACACAACAAUUAUCUCUUCAUCUCUCUCUCUCUUUCGCUGUCUCGCUCUCUCUCUCUGUCUCUCAAUCUCUGUUUCUCUUCCCCCUCUCUCUCUCUCCAUCUCCCUCUCUCCCUCCUCCUCUCUCACAGCCUCCCUCUCCUCUCUCUCUCUCCUCUCUCGCCCCAUUCUCUCUCUCUCUCCCUCACUCUCUGCUCUCCCUCCUCUCCUCUCUCUCUCUCUUUCUUCUCCGUCUCUCUCCCACCCCUCUCUCUCUCUCUCCGCUCUUCUCUCUCGCUCUCUCUCUCCAUCCCUCUCUCUCUCUCCAUCCAUCCCUCUCUCUCUAUCCAUCCCUUUCUCUCUCUCCAUCCAUUCCCCGCUCUCUUCCUCUAUCGCAUCCCUCUCUCCUCUCCUCCUCUCAUCUCUCCCGGGGCCGGGGGCCUCUCCCGUUUCCAUCUUCCCUCUCUCGGUCUCUUUUUUCUCUCUUCCCCUUUCCCUGCCUCUCACCCCUCCCUUUAAUCCUCUCGGGGGCUUCCUCCCCCCCUUCCUCAUAACUCGGGGUCCUUCUCUCUCUCCUCCUUUCUCCUUCUCUCUCUCGGUUUUUUCUCUCUUCCCCCCUUUUCCCUCCCCCUCCACUUCGGGCCCUUUCUGGCUUUCCGUUUUCUGUCCCGGAAAACCAUAUGAGGGUUAGUUAAAAAAGAAAGGGCCCUCUCUACAUCAAGUAACAACUAUAUAUUUUUCCCCAAACCCGCGGGCUGGCCUUCCCAAAAAGGGACUUUUGAAUUUAUCAAAAAACUGUUUUUAGGUUCCCUUUUUAAAUUCUUUCUCCUUGGGGUUAAAACUCUAUUCCCAACUGCUUCCUCUCCUUCCCCCCCCUCUUUUUUUUCUCCCCCCCCCCCCCCCCCCUCUCUCCUUUUUUCUCUCACCCCUCUCUCUUUCCCCUCCCCCCUUUUCUGGGUUUUCUUACCCCCCUCCCUCUUUUCUUCCCCACCCCCCUCUCUUUCUCUCACCCCCCCUCCCCUUUUUUCUCACCCCCCCUCCCUUUCCCCUCACCCCCCUCCCCCCCCUUUUCCUUUUCCCCUCACCCCCCCUCUCUUUUUUUCUCUCACCCCCUCUCUCUUUCUCUCACCCCCCCCUCUCCUUUUUUCUUAACCCCCCCUCCUUUUCUUUAACCCCCCCCCCUUUCCCUUUUCCCCUUCCCCCCCUUUUACCACCCCCCCUCUCCCUUUCUCUUUCCCCCCCCCCCUUCUUUUUCCUCACCCCCCUCUUUCUCUCACCCCCCCUUUCUCUUUUUCUUUACCUCUUCUCUUUUCCCUUUUUCCCCCUCCACCCUCCCUUUCCCUCUCUCUCUUUUUUCCCCCCUCCCUCCAUCCUCCCCCCCCCCUCCAUCCCUCCUUUAAUCUUUUUGGGGGUUGGGCGUCACCUGGAAGCUGAAGGGGAAGAUAGAGGUGAACUCCAGACAGAGUUGGGACGGAGAGGAGAUGGUUUUCAUGCCCCUCAUCACAGACCUCAUCAACAUCAAGGUACACAUGACAUUGCUAUAUCAUAUGAUGCGGUUGGUUUGCUGAAAUGUUAAAUACCUAUCCAGGCGUUCUGAGAUCUGUCAUGAGUCUGCAAUGUAUUCCGUUUUGAAUUCUACCCCUGUCAAACCAUUUCUGAGGGCAAACCACAGUCCUCCAAAGGUUCUGAAGCCAAAUUACCUUUGACCCCUGGUCCCAACAUUCUGUCUUUGGUCCAAUCAGGUGACAGAGCUGAAGGUUCUAGCCACACAUCCUGGUGGGAAGUGUGAUCUGACCUCUAACUUCCUGUCUCUGGUCCAAUCAGCUCUAACUUCCUGUCUGUGGUCCAAUCAGGUGACGGAGCUGAAGGGCCUGGCCACUCACAUCCUGGUGGGCAGUGUGAUCUGUGAGACCAAGGAUCUGUUCACCGCCAUGCCUCAAGUGGUGGCUGUAGACGUCAACGACCUGGGAACCAUCAAACUCAACCUGGAGGUCACAUGGUGUAAGUCAGUGUUUCCUAAACUAGGGGUCGUGACCCCAUGUGAGGUCGCCUGAUUUGAAAAUGGGGUCGUGCGAGAUAAACUCGCUUGAUUCAUAGAACCGGGGUUACUUCAGUAACCUCUGGUAGCCGCUAGAUGUGGUCGUAAUGAACAGAGCAGUUUGUGUUUUCUACCUACAAAUGUGGCUCAAUAUUUACGAACCUUUUAAGCUACAAAAUAUUAUGACCCCUUCACUGAAAGAAAAAAGUUUGGGAACCCCUGUUGUAAGUGGACUUCAUUAAAUGUCUAUUUGAGUGUGUACAUGUUUUUAAGGUAUGACUAGUGACUGUUGAAUCUGAAUCAGUUCACAUGGAGUUAUUAGUGUUGUCAAGGAGCAGAAAAACAUCAACAACAACUUAAAAACAGCAAAACAAAGCAUCCUUUAGGACGUAGUAUUAUAAACUACACAAUACUACAGCGGUUAGUUACAUCAGUUUAUGUUGUGUAAGUGAUGAAGUUAUGCUGUAACGCUGCCCUCUUCUGGAGAACCUGGGUGUCUGCUCCAGUGUUACGGCAGCAUUAACCUAGUAGUUUAUAGUUCUUUAAUGGACUCCUUUCCCCUUCUGACUGUCUCUCUGUUCUCCCCCCAUGCAGUCCAUUCGAUGUGGAAGACCUGACCCUGUCUUCAGGGAACGUGAGCAAGGCCACCGCCCUCCAGAGGCGGGUGUCUGUGUACAGCCAGGGCACGCCUGAGACACCCACCUUCCAGGACCAGUCCUUCUUUGUGAGUACCGCACAGAGCCUCCUCUCCCUGGGGUGGGAUAGGGGAGGGGAGUGGGUGUCCCAUUGCUGUCUUAUAACACAUCACACUGCUCACAGCACUGGAUUCCUCAUUGCACUAACCCACUAACACAGCCCUUGUGUUGACUGGAUUGCUUUAAACUGUGAAACCAACAGCUUAUGUCUGUCUAUGAAUGCAAUGCAAUGGCCAAGUCUGACUAACCCUAACCCACCCAUCCCUCCCUCCCUCCCUCCCUCCCUCCCUCCCUCCCUCCCUCCCUCCCACCUCUCACCUAUUCCUCCUCCCGCCCCUGCCUCCCCUGCUCCCUGUGUGUGUGGUAAAGAAGUGGCACCCCCGUCCCUCCCCGACCCAGCAUCGCCUGUCCUUCCUCCAUGGCCUGAGGAACUCCCUGUUAGAGAAGCUGAGACGCAGUCGCUCCUUUGGCGACCUGGCCUCCCUCCGCCCCAGGCCCAAGUCCAGCCUGGAGGUGUAUGUGAGUGAGGUGUGCUACGCUAGGGCUAGUCCUGUUUACCCCUGCCUGUGUGGCUGUGCCUGCUUAUUUGUUAGCAUGGAGUGGCUUGUGUCAGCCUGUGUAGAACAGUAGAAGUAGUAAAGAGUUUGCUGUGAUGCUCUUCUCUCUCUCUCUCCAGUCCACCCUCCCUGACGACGUCUUUGAGAACGGUGGGUGUGGCAAUGCCGAGUGCAAGCGACUCUCCUUCACCUUCUCCGAUACUUCAGUCUCCUCCCCCAGCCUCGCCCCCGGCCAAUCCAACCCUGAAAUCACCGUCACGCCCCCUGAGACCUACCCCCAGUCCCAAAUCCCCAACAUUGAAGUCACCAAGGAAGAGACUGUUCGAAUACAUGCAGACGUAGUGGAAGAGGCAGAGGAGGGUGAGGAGGAAGAGGAGAGUAGCGGUAGCAGCGGCAGCGUGAGUGCCAGCCUGGUCAGCGAGGAGGCAGAGUCAUGAGUGGGAGAGGGCGGAGUCCCAGUGUAACGGAGGCUCCGUCUCUCUCUUCUCGCAGCGGCAGUUGUCUGCGGUCGCUCCUGGGGGUGUGUUUCUGGAACACACUGCGCCGGACAGGGAUGAAGAUGAGGAUGACAGGUAACAGAUUUAUGUUUUGUCUUUAUGAUGUGCAGAGGCCAAACAAAUCUCCCCUAUAGGGACAAUGAAAUUGUAUUGUAACGUAUUCUAUUAAAUGGUAUUCUAUUGUUAGCUCAGAGCUGCUGAAGCCCGUAGAACUUGACACUGAAGAACCAGGCAGCUUGACCAGGCAGCUGGUGAGGAGGCUGACAUCGUCUGACAUUCUGCCCGAGGCGGGGGUUCUGAGCUGGGCUGGGGAGGGGAGCAGGGCCUUCCUGGAGAGCAGCCUGGAGGAGACCCUGCAGAGUCUGCUACUGAGGCUAGAGUCACUGGGACAACGCUGUAGAGAGCUGCAGGACCUGGAACAGGAGGUGAUGCGCCUGGAGGACCUGCUCAAGGUGAGGCCUGCACUUUCUCCUCAAGCAACUGUGUGUACAUCACAGGGUUGGGGGUCAAUGCAAUGUUAGCUGAAUUUGACAUUUCAUUUCUCCGUAGGAAUUCAUUUCAAUUCCUGAAUUGACUUCAGACAGAAUUGACCCCAACCCUGGUGCAUUACCUGUUACAUUUGACAUUUUAGUCAUUUAGCAGACGCUCUUAUCCAGAGCGACUAACAGGAGCAAUUAGGGCUAAGUGCCUUGCUCAAGGGCACAUCGACAGAUUUUUCACCUACUCGGCUUGGGGAUUCGAACCAGCGACCUUUCGGUUACUGGCCCAAUGCUCUUAACCGUUAGGCUACCUGCAGUUCAAACUGGGGCUACAUUGUUUGUGUUGCUUUUUAUGGAAAUGUUUUAUCUGCUGAGAAUUUUGUACGAGCGGUAGUUUAUGUUAGUUGUUUAUGUACACAAGUUGUAUUGUGACUGUAGCCUAAUUGUAGCCUUGAGAUACAGUUCGAUCCCCUAUGGCUGCAAGUCCUCUCUCCCUCAGUAGGAGGCCAACCUAUCCCCUAUGGCUGCAAGUCCUCUCUCCCUCAGUAGGGAGGCCAACCUAUCCCCUAUGGCUGCAAGUCUCUCUCCCUCAGUAGGAGGCCAACCUAUCCCCUAUGGCUGCAAGUCCUUCUCUUCCCUCAGUAGGAGGCCAACCUAUCCCCUAUGGCUGCAAGUCCUCUCUCCCUCAGUAGGAGGCCAACCUAUCCCCUAUGGCUGCAAGUCCUCUCUCCCUCAGUAGGAGGCCAACCUAUCCCCUAUGGCUGCAAGUCCUCUCUCCCUCAGUAGGAGGCCAACCUAGUCUGAUACAGUUCGAUCCCCUAUGGCUGCAAGUCCUCUCUCCCUCAGUAGUCUGGCGUUACCAGACAACGUAUUCAACCCACACCCUGCAGGCUUUUUCAGGGUCUGAUCUCUCCCUCAGUGCCGCCUCCCGGGCCACAGGAGCAGGUCGUCCAGCCUCAGCCUGAUGGUUGAGAGCGCCCUGGAGAGCUUUGACUUCCUCAACACCUCCGACUUCGACGACGAUGACACGGGUGAUGACCAAGCCCUCCACCGCACCGUGUUCUUUGACAUGGAGGCGGAGAGCAUCGGGUGAGUCAGGAGGGAGGGACGGGAGGAGGAGGAAGUCCCCUCCCCGGUCCUCUCUCUAGUCUACUACCCCCUCUGUCCCUGCCUGGAAGAUGGUGGUAGUGGUGGUGACCCUGCCUCUCCUUCCAUCUGUCUUCUAACCCCACUGUCCCUCCACAGCUCUCCACAGCUCUCCACGGCCAAUGAGAUUCUACUGGGCCUGUGUGUGUGUGUAUCUGUGUGUGUGGACUGAACCCAGGAUGUCUCUCUCCCCCAAUCUCUCUCCCCCCCCCCCCCCAUCUCUCGUAUCCCUCCAUCUUGACUCUCUUCCCCCUAUCCUGUUCUGCUCCCCCAUUCUCUUCUCGCCCCCCAUCUAGUGUAUCUCUCCCCCAUCUCUCUCUCCCUCCCCCAUCCUCUCCCUAUCCCCCCUAUCUGUAUCGUCUCUCACUCCCCCUAUCUGUGUCUCUCUCCUCCCCCCCAAUCUCUCUCUCCCCAAUCUGUCCUAUACUCCCCCCUAUCUGGUGUCUCCUCCCCCCAUUUCUCUUCUCUCCCCCUAUCUGUGUCUCUCCCCCACCUCUCUCCACAUCUCUAUCUCUACCCCCUAUCUGUGUCUCUUCUCCCCCCUAUCUGGUGUCUCUAAUCACACCCAUCUCUGUGUCUUCCUCCCCCCAAUCGUCUCUUCCCCCCUAUCUCUCUCUCCUCCAUAUGUCUCUCUCCCCCAUCUGUCUCUCUCCCCCAUCUGUCUCUCCCGCCCUAUCUGUGUCUCUCUCUCCCCCAUCUGUCUUCUCCCCAUCUGUCUCUCUCCCCAUCUGUCUCUCUCCCCCAUCCCCCCCCCAUCUGUCUCCCCCCCCAUCUCUCCCCCUAUCUGUCUCUCCUCCCCUCCUGUCUGUCUCUCCAGUCCUGUGCCUCUGUGCAGUGGAGUCAGGUUAGCAGUCUAGGCAGGUGUAGGUUAUCUCUGGGUUAGCAGUCUCAGGCAGGUGUAGGUUAUCUCUGGGUAGCAGCUCAGGCAGGUGUGGGUUAUCUCUGGGUUAGCAGUCUCAGGCAGGUGUAGGUUAUCUCUGGGUUAGACUGUUGUCUUGUGACUGUGUCCUGUAUGUUAUGUGGUGUGAUUGUGAAUGUUGUCGGUCCUCUGUGCAGGCCUAACAGUGUUCAGGCUUGGUUUGUUUGUCUAUGUCCCAUGUGUCUCUCUGGCCAUGUCCCUCUCAUAUCUUCUUGUAUGCUUGGCUUUCUUCUGGUCUUCUUCUUCCUCUCGUCUCUCUUAUUCUUCUUCUUCCUUACAGUCUUCUUCGUAUUCUUCUUCUUCUUCUUCUUCCUUUCUUCCUUAGUCUUCGUCUUCUUCUUCUUCUUCUUCUUCUUCUUCUUCUUCUUCUUCUUCUUCUUCUUCUUCCUUUUCCUGUUAGUCUCUGGCACCCACUUCCUGUCCAAGUCACAAUCACUCGAUACAUAAGUAGCAAUUUUGUUAGCCAGUAAAUGAUUGUCUGUACCAUAGCCUCUAUAUUACGAUGGAAAAAUUACUUAAAGGUGCAAUAUGCAGGAAGCGCUCUGCCAUUUCCUGGUUGCUAAAGUUCCAAUAGUUUGCCUAAUUUCAGUUUAUGUGUAAAAACAAGCAGUCAGUGUAGAGAAUCAUUGUACCAUCUAAACUGCUGUGAAAUAUAUUUUCAAUAACCAAAAAUAUUGUUGUUUCAGCUGUUUGAAGCUGGUGUACAAAACUGAAAGUAAAAGAGUCAAAAACGAAACUUAAGAACGGGAAGCAUAGAAAUAGCCCACAUAGAACAGAUCUACCGCUUCUUAGACUUGCUUGCAAUGAGAAUGACAGAUCUAUAACUCACAUUUCUAUGUGAAUUUGGUCGGGGUCGCCCAAAAAGUUACAUAUUGUAGCUUUAAAUUAAUGGAUUUAUACUGCAUUUAACUCUAGCAUCCCAUAUCAUGCUGAUUCACAUACUGUUAUAUUCUAAUGGCUUUAGUAGUGAUUGUAGUGCACUUCUAUACCCUGCUGCUGCCCUCUGGUGACUGUGCAUAUCUCCUGUCUGUCUUAACAGGCCUGGGAGCCCGCACCCAGAGGCCAGGGGCCACCUGAGUGAAGCCCUGACGGAGGACACCGGGGUGGGCAACAGUGUGGCCGGCAGCCCCCUGCCUCUUACCACCGGCAAUGAGAACCUGGACGUGGCCAUCGUCAUUCACCUGCAGUACUGCGACCAUCUCAUCCAGGUGAAUUAAAAGAUGUUCCAGUGCCAUCAGAGGCUUUGGAUGGAACUCUGGAAAAUGAUAUUUCUAAUUGAUAACAAUCUAACGUAAUAGACUCCGACAUGCAAACUAAUUAUGGAGCGGUUGUAGAAUUGUUUUUGCAUUGAUCUAAUAGUGCGGGAUGGAAGAUCUCCUAUCAUUAAUUGGCCACGACUAUGUGCCACUGUAUAGUAAUGUGUAUGUGUGUAAUGACAGCUUCUGUCCAGUGGGGGGAGCCCUUGGCAGCGUCGAGCCCAGCUCCAGAAGCUCUCAGCUCAGACUCAGCUGUUAGAGGAACUGGGAGAGAUCAGCACAGAACUCCUGGGGAGCAUCACCUCUGCUGCUGACGGUGGGUACUCUACUCUGGUCUACUCUGGAGCAGGGGAGAGAGUCAUGGGAGGAGUGAGACUUGAGGGGACUAAUUCACUGAGCAGUGUGUUUGUCUUUCUGACUUACACAUUGCACAUGUAUCUAUAACCUAAUAAUACAUCUCCGUCUGUCCCUCUCUCUCAGUGCUCCCAGGGCUGGCGGAGCGGCCUGCCCGGAUGGCUCUGUGGUCGGAGUGUAGUGGUUCUGGAGCGCUGUUCCACACUACGCUGAACAGGGUGCUCAGACACAUGCGCCACAGCUACACCAGCCCACUGCAGGAGAGACACCCUCACACCGCAGCUGACACAGGUAGGGCCUUUUCUUUGUGUGUGUCAUAAAAUGUAUAACUACUGUAUUGUGUUUAACUAUGUGUGUCCAACAUACAGUACUUUGCAAAUGCAACUUAUUUCUAUGUGAAAACUGAAAUGGUUUAUUCAUUCCUUUUUCCAUUUAGUAUGCCUAUUGAGUAUCAUAUUGUGAUUGUCUUGUAUAUAUAUUAAGGAUUGAUUGUUGUAUAUAUUAGGGAUUGAUUGGUGUAUAUAUUAGGGAUUGAUUGUUGUAUAUAUUAGGGGUAUUUGAGACCAGGGAGACGUACCUGUUGUUUAUUGGAAAUGGAACUGGACUACUUAGCUCAAUUUAUGAAACAAACAACAAUUUUGUCUCAUUGUUUGUUGCCACUACAAUUGCCGCUUGAUGAGGUGAAAAAACAAACCUUGCUGCAUCCCCCCCCUCUCCAAAAGGGCAUCCCCCCCUCCCUCUCCAAAGGGCAUCCCCCCCUCCCUCUCCAAAAGGGCAUCCCCCCCCUCCCUCUCCAAAAGGGCAUCCCCCCUCCCUCUCCAAAAGGACCACAGUGGAAAUAAGCUUUUAAGCUUUAUUGUGUUCUCCUGGAUGAUUUUCUUAAAUUGUAUGUGGAGGCGUCACCGGCUGGAGUGCCCUUAUGUAUGUAUGUAUGUAUUUAAAAAAUGGUCUAAUAAAUUCAAUCAAUCAACGGGUGUGGCUGAAAUAGACGAAUCCACUCAUUUGAAGGGGUGUCCACAUGCUUUUGUAUACAGUGCAUUCGGAAAGUAUUCAGACCCCUUGACUUUUUCCACAUUUUGUUAUGUUACAGCCUUAUUCUAAAAUUGAUUAAAUUGUUUUUUUCCCCCCUCAUCAAUCUACACACAAUACCCCAUAAUGAGAAAACAAAAACAGGUUUUUAGAAAUUCUUGCAACUGUAUAAAAAAAACUGAAAUAUCACAUUUACAUAAGUAUUCAGACCUUUUACCCAGUACGUUGUUGAAGCACCUUUGGCAGCGAUUACAGCCUUGAGUCUCCUUGGGUAUGACGCUACAAGCUUGGCACACCUGUAUUUGGGGAGUUUCUCAGAUUCUUCUCUGCAGAUCAUCUCAAGCUCUGUCAGGUUGGAUGGGGAGCAUCGCUGCACAGCUAUUUUCAGGUCUCUCCAUAGAUGUUCGAUCGGGUUCAAGUCCGGGCUCUGGCUGGGCCACUCAAGGACAUUCAGAGACUUGUCCCGAAGCCACUCCUACAUUGUCUUGGCUAUGUGCUUAGGGUUGUUGUUCUGUUGGAAGGUGAACUUUCGCCCCAGUCUGAGGUCCUGAGCGCUCUGGAGCAGGUUUUCAUCAAGGAUCUCUCUGUAAUUUGCUCCGUUCAUCUUUCCCUCGAUCCUGACUAGUCUCCCAGUCCCUGCUGCUGAAAAACAUCCCCACAGCAUGAUGCUGCCACCACCAUGCUUCACCGUAGGGAUGGUGCCAGCUUUCCUCCAGACCAGAGAAUCUUGUUUCUCAUGGUCUGAGAGUCUUUAGGUGCCUUUUGGCAAACUCCAAGCGGGAUGUCAUGUGCCUUUUACUGAGGAGUGGCUUCCGUCUGGCCACUCUACCAUAAAGGCCUGAUUGGUGGAGUGCUGCAGAGAUGGUUGUCCUUCUGGAAGGUUCUCCCAUUGGAUUCUUGGUCACCUCCCUGAGAAAGGCCCUUCUCCCCCGAUUUCUCAGUUUGGCCGAGCAGCCAGCUCCAGGAAGAGUCUUGGUGGUUCCAAACUUCUUCCAUUUAAGAAUGAUGGAGGCCACUGUGUUCUUGGAGACCUUCAAUUCUGCAGAAAUGUUUUGGUACCUUCCCCAGAUCUGUGCCUCGACACAACCCCGUCUCUGAGCUCUACAGACAAUUCCUUCGACCUCAUGGCUUGGUUUUUGCUCUGGCAUGCACUGUCAACUGUGGGACCUUAUAUAGACAGGUGUGUGCCUUUCCAAAUCAUGUCCAAUCAAUUGAAUUUACCACAAGUGGACUCCAAUCAAAUUGUAGAAACAUCUCAAGGAGGAUCAAUGGAAACAGGAUGCAUCCAAGCUCAAUAUCGAGUCUCAUAGCUAAGGGUCUGAAUACUUAUGUAAAAAGGUAUUUCUGUUUUUUCUUUUUAAUAAAUUUGCUAAAAUUUCUUAAAAACCUGUUUUCACUUUGUCAUUAUGGGGUACUGUGUGUAGAUUGAUGAGGGAAACAUGUAUUUAAUCCAUGUUAGAAUAAGGUUGUAAUGUAACAAAAUGUGGAAAAAGUGAAGGGGUCUGAAUACUUUCCGAAUGCACUGUAUUUAGUGUAUACAAAGUUUAUGACAAGUAUGUUUGUGCUUGUCUGAUUGGUUAUAUAAUAUCAAUAAUAUGCCAUUUAGCAGACGUUUUUAUCCAAAGCGACUUAGUCAUGCGUGCAUAUAUAAUUACACCAUAGUGUGUAGUGCAGCAGAACUGUCACUGUAUACAUCUCACACGGCUGUCUCUCUCUUCCCUCACCAGUGAUCCAGCUGGUGGUGAGUGAGAUGGUGGACAGGAGUGAUCUGGCCUCCACCCCUCCAUCGGCCCUGUCCCAGGACGUCGUCACGGUGUUCCAGUUCUACAGCUAUGUCUCAGAGCACAGCGUGGAAGACAUGGAGGAACACCUACUGCAAGUGGCCAGGGAAGGUAAAGGCUCAGGACAAACACACAUUCUGCUGCAACCAACAUCCAUCUAUUCUCUUCUGUUUGGGGGGUCCUAGGAUACUAAAUUACUCGGAGGCUUAGUUGUUCAUAGUCUAGGUGCCCGUCUGUUUUGCUUCAACUAACAUGUUGCUGUUUGGCAAGACAAUGAUGGAGUGUUGAAUGUAGAACCAGUCAGAAACCCAAGAUAGAGGUCUGAUGGUUUGAUAAAGACUGACAUGCUGACCACACCGCCCGCGUUGCAAAAUAAAUGUACACAUACGUGUUAUUCAAUCAUUGCACCCAAACUGCUCGCGCGCGUCAACGAGCAUCUACGUUGCCAGGCGCUAAAAUAGAACUCGGUUCUAUUUGUGACGCGCUGCAAGUCCCGCCUCUCCCAUCUCCUCAUUGGUUUUUAGGAGCAUAUACCCACGUGGGUGAUUGAAAGUUGAACUGAGGUCCACACUCCAGUCCAGUUGGUGGUGGCAAUGCACCUUAAAGUUGGUUGACAACCGCCAUAUAACGUCCACAGAAGAAGAAGAAGACGACUGAAGGAGGAGAGAUUACUAGAACUAACUAGGUUUACAUUUUUACAUAAAAGGUUUCCCCUUUUAACUGUGGAUUAAUUGUUGGAGUAGAGAACACACACUUUUGUGUGACUCAAAAUGGGUCAAAAUUCUACAAAGAUCCAGAAAAAAAGGACCUUGUGUAUUUCAGGUAAAAUAACAACCAAAUGUUUAUAUCCCAGGACAGAUUAGCUAGCAACCACAAGCUAGCUAGAUAACUGUCCAUGAAUGUUUCAUGUGAUCCGACCUGUAGUUGGUUCAGAGUUCGUUUUGAUAUUUCAACCUGCGUGUCCUGAUCGCGUCUGGUGUGGAUGGACAAAAUCAACAUGCGCACGACGGCGUACGCACAUGCGUGCCCGGUGUAGUCAGCAUGAGAGGGGUCCAAACAUGAACAGACUUGCUACAUGGUCCACUGAACAAAACUAGCUUGUAAGUACCUGUGAGUUAAUUUAGUUGUCCUCCCCUCAGCUGUGUUUGCAGAGGGCCUGAGUGGCGGUGACUCGGAGCGUUGUCUAAAGGAACUAGAAGAGAUGUCACACACCGGCCUGUGUCCCCGGCUGCAGACCCUCAGGGCUCUGGCCUCGCUCCUCUCCCACGAAGACCCCCAGCUCAGCAAGGCUGCAGCUGCCUACAUCACUUCUGCUGCCUCACACACACCCUUCAGGUCAAAGGUCAGUCUGUGCAUGUCAGUAGGGUUGAUCCUUGACCCACUCAGGCUAAAUUAAACCCAGCCCUAAUAUAAACACCAUUAUGUCAAGGCCAUUAAACACCGUCUGUCAAGGCCAUUAAGCCUGCCAAGAUUACUGGACAGUUGCUAUGGCAGGGCAGUAACCGAGUUUGUUUUCUCUGUGUGUCUUUACAGGCAGUGGAUUGCUACACACAGGCCUUGUGGGAGGCGGAAGUUCAAACACAAAGGUCUGCCUGUGCUGCUCUUAGCUGUCUACAGGUCAGUGUAGCUAAUCACUUUUAGCUAUAGAACAACUGACAUAUUCAUUUGAUGUAUCUUAUUAUGACGUCUCUCUGAAGCAAGAGGAUGUCCUAUUUCUUUCUACGUCUCAGGCAGUAGAGAGCAUCCGGGCGGUGGUAUCACUGUGUGACUCGGCGGACGAGGAGCUUCGCCACGUUGCCAUAGAAACCCUGCUCACUUUCGGUGAGUGACAGUUUGACAAAAAAUCUCCUGUCUAUUUUAGCCCCAAUCAAUGUCUGUUUUAAGAAAUAUUAAUUUGAUUGAUUUGUUAAACAGGUGAGGAGGGUCGUCUGGCGUAUGAGCAGCUGGACACGGUACCCAGAGAGCUGGUACGACUGGGGACACGGCGAGGGAACGCCGUCACCACUGCCUUCUGAAAGCACAGGACUAACUAACUUAACCCAGGAGCAUCACAUCCACAUGAGGGGGACAACCCCCCCCCCCCCCCCCCCCUAGAACAACUUACCCUAGCCUCCCCCUGCUGUGCCUGUGCUUUGAGCCGUGCAGAUUGGACAUGCGUUUAAAUGGACAGAGCCAGGGGGCGGGGCCCCAUCAAUGCAGAGGAGCCCAACUAAACAUCAAAGGGCCACAUGUCUCGUCCUUAUCAACAGCCUGGUCUAAGUCCUAGCUGUCCAAUCUCUGACCACCACUAUUCAUCCAUCUCUCACCGCACAGACAGAGCAUCUUAACCAUCAUAACUUAUCAUAUAUGAUUAUUAUCACGGUUGCGUUUGACGUCAGUAUUACGAUUUAUGAUAUCUUUAUAUAACUGCUAUUCAUUUGUUUUAGUAGGUGACGUUCAUUAGGCAACGGUUAUUUGCGCUGUGGCAGGCAUGUAAAUAUAAU